AUGCGGGCACUCCUCGGCACGCUCUGGCUUGCCCUGGCCUGCAGCUCUGUGCACGCCACCCUUUCGAAGUCAGAUGCCAAAAAGGCUGCCUCGAAGACGCUGCAGGAGAAGACUCAGGUUUCGGGCAAGCCCGCCCAGGAGCGGGGUCUGGUGGUGACGGACCUCAGGGCCGAGGACGUCGUCCUUGAACACCGCAGCUACUGCUUGGCCAAGGCCCACAAGAAGCACUUCGCCGGGGACGUCUUGGGCUACGUCACGCCGUGGAACCGACACGGCUACGAUGUCGCCAAGAUCUUCGGGGGCAAGUUCACCCAUGUCGCCCCCGUGUGGCUGCAGCUGAGGAGGCAUGGCCGCGAGAUGUUCGAGGUCACGGGCCUGGACGACGUAGACCAAGGGUGGGUGCGGGCAGUCAGGAAACAAGCCAAGGGCCUGCGCAUAGUGCCCCGUCUCCGGUUCGAGGACUGGACGUACGAGGACUUUCAGAGCGUCCUGGACAGCGAGGAUGAGAUUGAGGAGCUCAGCAGGACCGUCGUCCAGGUGGCCAAGGGCCAGCACUUUGACGGCCUGGUGGUGGAGGUCUGGAACCAGCUGCUGGUCCAAAAGCACGUGGGCCUCGUUCACCUGCUCACCCACAUGGCUGAGGCGCUGCACCAGGCCCGGCUGCUGGCUUUCCUGGUGAUCCCGCCCGCCGUCACCCCGGGGACCAACAAGCUGGGCAUGUUCACGAACGCAGAGUUUGAGCAGCUGGCACCCGUGCUGGACGGCUUCAGCCUCAUGACCUACGACUAUUCCACAGCACAGCCGGCCGGCCCCAACGCACCGCUGCCCUGGGUGCGAGCCUGCGUCCAGGCCCUGGACCCCGAGUCCAGGUGGCGGGGCAAGAUCCUGCUGGGGCUCAACUUCUACGGCAUGGACCACUCGGCUUCCAAGGGCGCCCGCGAGCCCAUCGUCGGGGCCAGGUACGUCCAGACACUGAAGGACCACCGGCCUCAUGUGGAGUGGGACAGCCAGGCCGCGGAGCACUUCUUCGAGUACAGGAAAAGCCGUGGCGGGAGGCACGUCGUUUUCUAUCCGACGCUGAAGUCCUUGCAGGUGCGGCUGGAGCUGGCCCAGGAGCUGGGUGUGGGGCUGUCCAUCUGGGAGCUCGGCCAGGGCCUCGACUACUUCUACGACCUGCUGUAG